AUUUGCUCCAAAGAAAACUCAACAUAAAAUAUAUUAAGAAAAAUUUCCCCUGCACGAAACAUGCAAAGCCUAAUCACUUGCUCUUUGAUUCUUGCUUUAAUUUUACCAUGUUUUGGAAGCAAUGACGCAUCUUAUAAUGUGAUGGAUUUUGGUGCUGUGGGAGAUGGCAAAACAGAUGAUUCACAAGCCUUUCUGAAAGCAUGGCAAGGUACUUGUGGAGCACAAGGGACGCCAACCCUACAAAUUCCAUCGAACUAUGAAUUCUUGUUGUCUGCCCUAGUACUCAAGGGUCCUUGCAACGCCACAACUAUUCUAAUUAAGCUUGAAGGGAAAAUAGUUGCACCUACGAAGGAUUCAUGGGCAGGGAAUAAUAAGAGGAGUUUGAUCUCCAUCAUAAACGUAAAGCAACUCACACUGGAUGGAAGUGGAGGAUUCAUCGAUGGCUGUGGUUCUUCUUGGUGGCCAUGCAAAACUUGUUCACGACCAUCAAUGCUUACUUUCCAAUAUUGCAAUGAUCUCAGUGUUCAUGACUUCACCAUCACCAACAGUCCAAAAUCUCACAUACACGUACAUUAUUGUGAGGGUGUUACGUUCUCUCGUAUCAAUGUCACUGCUCCUGGUGACAGUCCUAACACUGAUGGAAUUGACGUUACUUAUUCAAAAAACGUAUUGAUUCAGGAUUCCACCAUACAAUCAGGUGAUGAUUGUAUUGCUAUCAGUGGUGGCUCCUCCGUAGUCAAUGUUACUGGCAUUGCUUGUGGACCAGGCCAUGGAAUAAGCAUUGGUAGCCUGGGAAAAAGGAAUGCAACGGUGGAAGGAAUAUAUAUACGAAAUUGCACCUUGACAAAAACUAAAUAUGGAGCAAGAAUCAAAACAUUUCCGGUUGGAAAUGGUUGUGCAAAGCAAAUCACUUUUGAAGAAAUAACGUUAGAUCAAACCCGCUACCCAAUAUUUAUUGAUAAACACUAUGGCAGUUAUUCUUUAACGAAUGGAGAAGUAGAAGUGAGUGGGGUGACAUUCAGAGGUUUUCAAGGAACAUCCUUUGAUGGCAGAGCUAUAACCUUAGACUGUGGACAAUUAGGUUGCUACGACAUCGUAUUGGAUCAAAUCGACAUUGUUUCUUCUUUGCCAGCCAAGCCAGCAUGUUGUUCUUGCAAAAAUGCCCAUGGAACAGUUACAUCUACUGUUCCAAAUUGUUCGUGCUUAAUGCCAUGAAUUUCUUUUCUUAUAAUAUACAUGUAAAAGUUAAAUGAUCACUGUUACUUCAAUAAAUAUAAAUUGAUGCAAACAACUAA